CCCCGAGAAAUUGAGAACUACUGCUUACCAUGGCAGUGCCUGGCCAGCACAAAGUACAGCCCAAGGAUGAUGUGGGCACAAGAAAGGGGUUUGAUCGCUACAAGUGGGAAUUCAAAGACUGCAAUAAAGAUUUCUGGCUCGGGGGACACGCCGUGAUCAAGACCCUGAGUAUCGACCUCUUGAACGACCUCUUCACCUGUGUGUUCCUCACAGGCGCCAUAGUCUUUGGUGUGAAGUCUAAAAGUGAAUUGACAGUCACCUACAUUAUGGCUUUGGUUCUUAUGGCACUUGCCGCAUUUUUUGCUCUCGUUGACCUCUGUCUUCAAAGGAGACACUUCAAACCCAGGAAGCUCCGAAAGCUCCAUGUGCUUGCUCCAGACAAGUUCGGCAAGAUGCCAGACCCGAACCUCAAAUUACUGCUGGAGCAGAAAGAAGAAGAGGAGGCAAAGCAAAAGGAGAAGGAGGAGAAGGAGAAGAAGCAGAGGGAGGCAAAGCUGAAAGCCAAGCAGAAGAAGAAGCAGGCGAAGGCAAAAAAGGGCAAGAAAAAGAAGUGA